GUGGAUUACCAACAUGUGCAGGUGCCGGCAAAUUCAAGUAUACACCAGACAUACAGCGAAACUACAAAUAUUCGGUAGAAGUGAGGUCUCUCUUCAACGGGACAAGCAAGAACGAAUCAACCCUAUACGUGGAAGGGACGGCAACUCUGGCAUUUCUCACACCUUGCGACGGACUCUUGACCCUAGCGGACAUUAAAUUAAGUGAAAACAUCCCUAGAGAUGGCUCGGAGAGUUCGGAACACGCUAAUACUCAACUAUUUGCUGACAUGAUAACGGAAUAUUCCUUGAGGUUUUCCUUUAAGGACGGCGUCAUUAGCGAAUUGUGUCCCAGGGAGGAUGAGAAAGAAUGGGUUUUGAACUUCAAAAGAGGAAUUCUGAGUAUGCUACACAAUUCGAUGAAACGAUUGGAUCUUGACCUUUCCACCGAGGAAGUGGACGUCCGGGGAAGUUGUCCCACUGAUUACAAAGUCGUUGGAGUGAAGGAAACCAGUUUGCUGAUCGAAAAGAAUAAAGAUCUGGAUCGAUGCCAAGGAAACUCGAAGCUGCAUUCGUCUAUAAAAUCGGAAACGAUGCGCAUGUCUCGAUCGAACACCAACAAUAUCCUGAAAUCCUCUAGUAGAUGCAUACUAACCAUCGACCACAAUAUUUAUAAAGAGAUAAAAUGUGAGGAAAGGUACCUUCUACAACCGUUUUCUAAUUUCGAAGAAGGAGCAGUCACAGUCGUGUCCCAACAGCUGACACUAUUGGACGAAAUAUUUGUACCGAUGACCGACGAAAAUGAAAUAACAAAAAGAGUCCCUCUGACUUUCGAUCACGCCAUUUCAACGAAGCCAACAAAUGACGAUUUGAAUGCAGCAAAAGAUUUAAUCAAACAGUUGUGCAAACAGAAUCAAAUGCCCGAUAGGAUGGAUAUGUCGGAUUUAUUCAGUAAAUUUAUUCAUAAUUUACGGAAGCUCUCAUAUUCAGCACUAACAACACUGCACGGACAAGCUGGGGCGAUCUGCCCCGUUGGGAAUAAACAUCUACUCGAUGCCCUCCCAUACGUCAGAACAUCCGGAUCAGUGGCUCUUAUGAGGGAUAUCAUCGUCAAAAAAAGUAUUCCGAAGAGAACAAUCAACGAAUGGAUAUUUUCAAUCGGUUUCAUAGCGAAUCCGGACGAAGAAACGAUGGAAGCUGCAUGGAACCUUUUAGAAGAAAAAACUUUCUCUCCGAAUGCUGCUCUGAGUAUCGCUUCCCUCACUCAUACGUAUUGUAGUCAGCACUCAGAUUGCAGGAGCACUAACGCUGUCGAUUCCAUUGUGAACCAUUUGGAAAAUCAUUUUCUACAACUUUACAGGAGUAAUAACAUCGAUAGGAAUAUACAUGACCAAAUCAUGGUGACACUCAAAGCAUUGUCUAACACCGGCGUGAUAUCGGAAGAUUUCCAGCAGGAACUUUUUGAAGUUAUAGAGAAUUCUAAUCUGGACGUUGCAAUAAGAGUAGCGGCAGUGGAAACUUUCCGGCGUUCUUUUUGCGAGGAUACCAGAAGUUAUUUCGAAAAUAGAUUCCGUAAUCAGGAUGAAGAUGUGGAAGUUAGAAUCGCUUCGUACCUGCAGAUCAUGAGGUGCCCGAAUUAUUUACUCAUUCGAACGAUUCGCCAUUCUCUCAUGAACGAAGAAGUGAAUCAAGUUGGUUCGUUUGUUUGGACACAUUUGAAAAAUCUACUUACUACUGCCAAUCCCAGUAAAGUCGAAGUUCAAAGUCUUCUAUCCGAUAAAGAUUUGGUGAAAAAAUUCGACAGCGAUAUUCGAAAGUUCUCUCGAAACUACGAAGGAUCAAUUUUUUUCAAUGAGUACGAUGUCGGUGGAAAUUACGAGAGCAAUGUUAUAUUUUCACCAUCCUCAUAUAUACCCAAAUCUGCCAUGUUGAACUUGACUUUUGAUUUGUUUGGAGAAGCCGUAAAUAUUUUAGAGGUUUAUGGCAGGAUGGACGGUCUCGAGCAUUAUUUGGAGUCUUUUUUCGGUCCCAAAGGAACAUCAGAAACACUAAAGGAUAAUAUAAUGGACAAGCUGAGGUGGCCAAGGAGUGUGAGAAAUAAUGAAAUUAUCAAGAGUCAAGUAGAAAAGCUCCCUAAUGUUUUGAGUAACGUUCACGAGGAACCUAAGGUGGCCCUAGGAUUCAAGAUAUUUGGCAAUGAUGCGGAUUAUGCCACAUUCAAUGGACACUCAGAAAUUCGAGCCGCUAUACAAACCCUUGAUCCUGUGUACCAUCUGAAGCGUAUUUUAUCCGGAGAGGAAAUCAAUUAUAACAAAGCUGCGAUGUUUUUGGAUGGAAAGUACGUUAUUCCCAGCGGUGCAGGCUUACCUCUCUCACUAACUGCCACUGGAACAGCUUCAAUAAACAUCAAAUUAUAUGGGUCUUUGCAAGCAGCGGGCUUUUCGAAAGAUAAAGAACUCGAGCUCGAUCUCUCCGCUGACAUCCAACCGAGCGUCUCCGUUGAUUUAACAGGAGAGAUGUCUGUGGACGCCUUUUAUGCAAGCACCGGAAUCAAACUCAAAACGAACAUGUAUACCGAUAGUGCCAUACAAGGCGAUGUUAAGGUUAGGGGAUAUAAGCUGGCCAGUCUCAAGUUCAGCUUGCCCAGGAAGAAGAACGAAAUUUUUGUUGCCAAGUCGGAAAUUCUUGUGAAACGGCACGACGUCGAACACUUGCAAAAGGGAAUGUCCUCGAAUCGUUUCUCGAAAUCCUUGUGUUCUUGGCCAAUAGUCGACCAAACGAUAGGCCUCAAAGUAUGCACCGAAUACAGUUUUAUGAACGUGACGAAAAUGACCAACAUUCCAUAUUUUCUGGCAGCAGGUCCAGCGAAUUUCAGGUGCUUCCUGCAGAAAUCCGAUCCAACGGCCAAUAAUUACUCAUUCGAAUACAAAUUGACUCAGCGAAGGGAUUUAAGUGUUGUAUCUCUGACCUUUGAUACCCCCGGAUCGACGGUAAAUAGGCUUCUUAGCGCUAAUUUGACAAUUGACAGGCAGAGCCAGAAUCUCACGUUGUUCCUGCAAUCCUCGGCCGGAACGGUUUUAGCGCGAGGCAAAUAUAAAAAUACACCAGACGAGAAGUUCUUACAUGUUGCGCUCGAUAUAAAUAACAGGAAACACUUCGAUGCGACUGCAUCUCUCAAAAGACAACACAUCAGAAAUGGAUACUCCUACAUACCAAAUGUUUAUUUGGGGGUGAACGGGGAGCGCGUUUUCAGAAUUUCAGGUAAAGUCAAUCUGAUGAGCAAGAAAGGAAUAUCCCAGUAUAGCGUUGACCUGAAGUUCGAAACAAAACGAUUCAUCUCAAGACUCUACGGAUAUAUAUCGAAAAGCGAAUCUUCCUUGGAAGCUAGUUUGUUCAAUGAUUAUAAAUUCCUUCAUAUGAAAGAACAGAGGGUCAGUAUAGUAUUUGGUGCAGCGAACAGAUCCCAUAAAAAUUUAGUGGUUUUCGAAGGAUUCUCCAGACUCGUUUCUACUGCUUAUCCGAAUAUGAAUUUUGCUGCAAACGCUACUUUCCAGAACAUCGGAGGGCACACAGAUCUCACCAUAAAACUCCAUCAGAAUCCUCUUCCAAAUAAUCACCCAGAAGCCGACUUCAAAACACUAAAAUUCGAGCUACUGCUGUCUUCUAAAGUAUUCACCGAUAACAAGCGAAUAUUCAGAGCGGUUUCAACACUGAACAGGAAAUCCAGCAAUUUGGAUCUGAAGGGAGAAUUCAUCUAUGAAACGUUCCGUCAAAAUAUUACGACCGCAUUACUAGUCAAGUAUGGAAAGAACAAAGAAGUUUCAGUAACGAUAUUCUGGUCGCAUCCACGAACCGCUUUAGAACAAAUUAAAACACAUGUUAACGUCACGAUACCAUCGUUCACGCCAAUGAUUUUGAAGUUGGAAAUCGUUGAAAAAUCCAGAAAGGAUUAUAUGAUAGAUUUUUCUGGAACGUGGUUCAGCGGCCACAGAAUGUCGGCGUUUGGCUUUUAUCAGGACAGGAGUACAUCACUCGCAUCUGACCAUCACGUAAAACUACUUCUGAGGUCUCCCAAUUUCAGAGACAUCAACAUUGACCUGCAAUUCUACCGUGACAAUGACAUAUUGAAGUUGGAUCUGAAGGGAUUACAUGCCAACAGAGACGAAUAUGAAAUGUACUUCAUCCAUCAGACUGUUUCGGAAGAAGAAACUAACAAUGAAAUUCGGAUCAAGUAUGUCAACCAGCUCUAUAGAUAUGUUGGUUCGAUCUAUGAUGGAGAAUAUAAAAAAAUCAAUGCAGAUGUGCAUAUAGAUCAGAUCAGAGAUAUAGUUUUUUCAGUGUAUAUAUACAAUAAACCUGAUAACAAAUCUCUAGGAUUCGACAUAAACUGGGAUGCGAAUAGAGACCCCGACCAAAAACUGAUGAUUUUUGCCAAUUACGAGAAAUAUGCUUCAUUCGACUAUAUUGCCAAUUUUAUUGUCAGUUAUCCAGGACGUACUAUAAAGGGAGACUAUAAAUUUUUAUUAGAAAGAAGACAUUUGGAAACAUUAGCUAGCGUGUCAUGGGAAGACGGAAAAACGCUGGCUAUCGAUAUGGAUAUUUUGUAUGAAUAUGAUAGAAGAUUAUAUCUGGAAAUCGAUACCCAACUGAAUACGCCUUUCGACAACUGGAAAAUAUUGAAGCUAGAUGGAAGAUUCGAACACAUACAAAAUAAAUAUGACUUACGAGGAAUGAUGUCUUGGGAUAGACGUCAAAGAAUUACUGUAGAUUUAUUCGGAGAUUACACGUCGACAGAUUCGUAUUUCACUUGCAAAUAUAGUUGUUCCAUUGUGAGUACCUCUGAUAAACUACCGAAUAUCAACACGACCAUUAGCCACACGCAAAAUGAAACAAAUUUCGAUACGAAUUUACAGUUAAUGUAUAAUCCGGAAUUCAUUAUUGGAGCUGAAAGCCGAUGGAGGAUUGAUUCGGAUUUGGAAUCCACUAAUCUUACUGGGACGCUCCGUUCUCAGACGCCCUUUAAAGGUAUGAAAAAUACUUUCCUUGUUGGUAAAGUAAUCUCGAAGAAUAGAAGAUAUAUAAAGGGGGCUGCUCAGCUCGAUGUGGAUCACAAGAAAAUCGAUUUGGACAUGGAAGGAUACUUCAAGAAGUUAACAGACUGCAGACUUGUUAUAAACGCGACUACCCCCGAAGAUAAAUAUCAGUUACGUUUCAUCGUUUCCACGGAAAAGAGAACUUUAGUCGCCAUGGUGAACUAUCCCAUGGGUAGUGUUGGAACUGAGGUUAUUUUAUCGAUGAUUAGUAUCACCAACUUUGAUAUUAUAUUUCAUUUGGCAACACCAGUGUCGUUUUUACAAGAAGUACUUAUUGUUGCCAAACUGAAACCAGAAGAGGCAGAUUUCCGACUGGGCUGGAACAGUCUACUGCUGGGAUUGGCAGGGGUAUGGCAUUAUGCUAAUGUCACAGACUUCGAAUACUCCUAUAAGAUUUACACACCCAUCGACGAUUUUGAAGAAAACGGCAUCGUCGGGAAAUUCAUACUCAAAGAAGGCUUAGACUUUGAAGUUUCUAUCAAGUUAUCCAACUAUAAGCUUGGAGCCAAACUAUUGGGACAUCCGAAAGCAAAACCACUGAAAGAAAUGGGGAUAAAGCUGGAAAAUAUUUAUAAAACAUCCGACUUUUCUGGAGUAGAGGAAAGAGAUAACGAAGAUCCUUUCAGCUGGGAAGGCCUGAUAGAACUAGACAUUAUAAUUUAUCCAACUAUGAAAGGCAAGCUGGAAAUUGACCAGAAGGGAAAUUCUUACAUCUUACUGUCAAAGUUGACCAUGCCAAAUGGAGUCGCAAUCAUAGUGGAUGAAUUUGUGUUUACAGAUAUACUCAAAAUGAAAAACUACUUGGAAAUCACCACACCGUUUUCAUCUUUCAAAACUAUCGAAUCAAACUUCGAUCUGAAUAUAGAGGCAGGUCGCCGGUAUAUCCUUGGACUGAAUUUUGACUAUCAAAAUCAAACUGAACUAAUAAAGUCGAGAGAAGAAGGUUGA